UUCAUCAAGACUCCCUCGUUUCUAGAGAUUAAAGAUGGGAGUAGGACUGGGGACGUCAUGGAACACACCAAUACAGGAGCGUAAACUUGGGGAUGCUUCGUAUCCUGUCGCCGCGAUGUUGGCAGCUUCAAUGAUCGAGGAGGGAGAAGGCGUCGAUAUCUCCAAGGAUCGCUUUGAUCUUAGCACCUUUCGCGGGCGAUUGGCACACUUUUACUCGACUACGUCCCCGUUGACCCUGCUCGCUUCAACAAGCAAGCUCUUGGACGCACAAGAGUAUGUCAAGGAGGUCGAAUCAAGAUUCCCGACGAACAAUAAUUCGAGUGUUGGAACGAUCUACAAGAGCUUCGCUGGGCAGAAACCAAAAGACCAGGGAUACAUUGUCUCGAAGAAAGAGGCUCAACGAUACUGGAAAGCGAAACAGCUCGUUCAGAGCAGCGUGCAUCCCGACACAGGAGAGGUGAUCCCACUACCAUUUCGGAUGUCGGCCUUCGUGCCGACGAACCUCCUUGUGCUUGCUGGUAUGCUGAGGCCCGAUCCAACUCUGGCUUCUGUCAUCUUCUGGCAAUGGAUCAACCAGAGCUUGAAUGUGGCCGUCAACUACAGCAACGCAAAUAAGUCUGUCCCCAUGGACAUGAAAGAGGUCGGGCAGGCCUACGGAGCGGCCACCGCCAGCGCCGUAGGAAUUGCGGUCGGUCUGACCAGGCUAGUCCCACGGAUGACGAUGCUCUCUGUUGGGGCCCGGGGCGUUCUCUCACGGCUCGUACCCUUCUUCAGCGUCGCUUCCGCAGGGUGCGUCAAUGUCUCUUUCAUGCGCUGGAAGGAGAUCAGGGACGGUGUCUCGGUCUUUCGAAGAGACUUGAACGGGGAGAAGGUCAAAGUUGGCGAUUCACCGAGAGCAGGGUCUACCGCCGUGGGAAUGACCGCUGCCAGCCGCGUGCUUACAAACAUCCCGACGAUGAUUUUACCACCUUUGGCUCUCGCCUUCCUCCAGCGGAAGCGGAUAGUCCCGAAAGCUGGUCUCUGGUCCAAAGUGGCUGACCUUACGUUGAUCGGAUCUAGUCUCUUUGUAUUCCUUCCUCCUGCGAUCGCGACUUUCCCACAGACGGCUUCGAUCAAAGCCGACAGGCUCGAAGAGAGAUUCCAGAAGGUCAAGGACGACAAGGGAGAAACAGUUCAGGUCUUCGAGUUCAACAAAGGGUUGUGAUUAAAGCGGCUCUGCUAUCACACAGUCAUAGAGACAUUUUCAAGCGUCAGAUCCGUGUGAGGAAGAGGCACGGGACAGUCUGACCCCAAAACAUUCAAAGGGUAAGGACACGCUCUCACACCCACACCAGCAGUAUUGUCUUUUCAGUUCCCAGUCAGCUAUACUCUUUUUUCUAUCCUUUCUUCCUCGAGCUAAGGAAUGUGAUCAAAGAAUGCGUCGAGACGGCAUGUGCCCAUUGCCUGCUUUUCUUGCAGGGCGACAGUG